CUUGAUGAGGAGCAGAGGUAUAAAAGGAUGUAUAUUUCCUUCAUCCACACACACUCUAUCUCCUUCAACAAGCCCUUACUGUACCCCAUAUCAUACCAAAUCAACACCAUGAUAUCCGUCAAAGACCAAAUCAAGGCUCAAAAUGCCACCCUCGCCGGGAGAGCGAACGCCAAGGAAAACGCAACGCAUUUGAUUAAAGAUGCCAAGGAUGCGGCACAGGAGGUCGUCGAAGUUCAGGACCGCAAGGCAUUGUAUCUAUUGAAUUGUGAGAACUGUGAGUACACGAUCCAAGGCAAGCCCAUCAAGCUCUCCAUUGAAAAUUGCAAGAAUGUUGUCCUCAGGAUCGAGGGCAAGGUUUUGACUGGCACGGUCGAUAUCUGGAAGAGCGAGAACGUCUCCUUGAACUUUGAUCGUUCGGUGUCCAUGUUUCAAUUGGACGACAUCCAAUCGAUCGCUAUCCGGUUGCCUGAUUCCGAGCAUUUUGGAUCGAUGAUCUGGGCUGGAGUCGAGGACCUCCAACUGCACCUCGGCGAGGACACGCAUGCGCUGAGCUAUAGCGAACUGCAGUCCAGAAACCCGAAUUUGCGUCCGGAGACGGACCAGUUCAAGACAACAGUGGUCGAUGGCAGCAUCAUGACAGAGGCAAUUGUGCGUCUCGAUAACGGAUACCCGGCCACGCGCGCAGAGGAGGCGAGCUAUCGACGAGUGGAGAAGCAGAAGGACGAGAUGCUGCGCGCACCUCAGCAGCAGCAGGAGCCAGCGGAUGACUAAUUUGUUUAAAGCUCGAAUUCGAUACAUUGUUUGUCACUAAUCUGCCGCAGGCAUUUGUCGGGUGCCUUUACAAGAGCUUCGCAUGUAACUGAAAUAAAGGGUGCACAAACAACUG